AUGCAGCGACCGAGUUGGCUGCAUCGUCCUCUGGCUCACGGCCCGCGUCCUCCUCCUCCUCCGCCUCGACACCUGCUGCCUCCCCCGCUCUUCUUCUCAGUCCCACCUGGAAGAGCUCUUUAUCCUCUUCACGUUGUGCCUCCUGUUCCUCCUCCUUUGCCUCCCCGUCCUCUCUCGGUGCAAUUAAAGGACCAGUUAUGGCUCAAAGCUUUUAAAGAGACUCACUGUUUAUUGCAGGAAGAGCGACAGGGACCGUCACUUGCAGGAAGGGGGAAGGCACCUCCAUUGAGGGCAUUGAGACGUAACAUUGCACAGACGCAGAAGACUUUGAAGCACUUGGAGGUGGCAGCGAACGCUUUGGCGGUUCUGGAGAAGAAGCUUGAGACAUGCAGCUCGAUUUAUGGACAGGGGGAGGCAAAGGGAGAAUCGCGAUGUCUGUGGCAGCAGCAGCGGGAAGAAAAAGCUGCCGAGUGUGAACGAUUGGCAGAGCAAUUGAAAGAACGGCACGGCGAAUUGGGUCUGUUCCCGACGGAGGAGUUUGCGGCUGUCUGCAAAUUUGCACAACGAGUCGCCAAGAAAAAGGCGUAUCGAAAGCGAGCGAAAGUGCGUCGAAGGGUAGUACUUCGAGAUCGUCGAGCACUGGACUUGGUAAAGGAAGAUGACAAGAUGUUGUCACCUAUUGCUGGAAAGAAGGAGAUGCUGGCAGAGAGCACAGUGCAGAUACCACCUCUUGUUGUGAGAACGCGAGAGAAAGCGAGGACUGAAUCAGCGACGGUGGUUGAAAGCAGGGUAGUUGAGCAGUCUCUGGACCCAACGACCUUGACGAUGAAGACCCUGAUUGCUGUUCGCCGAGCUUGGGAUGCGUAUAUCGUUUACCCAAACACACCAGGGGCUUCUACAAUUCCGCCGCAUUUUGUGUCCCCGCCGUCGGCGCCGUCUAUCCAGUGGGCAGCGUACGUCAUGCCAUCCGUCGGUAUGGAAAGCAGUUGA